AAUUUCAUGGAAGUGUUGUGAGAUUGCAGAGAUUUUAUCAAGUCGGAAGAGGACCAUGCAUUCUGAGUUAUGCCUCACAGUUUUCAAGCAGUAGUUUGCAGGUUUUGGUGGGCAAGGGUGGGCUUUGAGGAAGCUCAGGUUCGUCAUAUGUUACUGGAAGUGUAGCCUUCGCUUGUGAGGUGAUGUGUGUUGCGAAGAAUGUGAUUUCUGAGAAUCUCCGCUUGGAUCGUGCUUGAAAUGCGAUGCUUGUAGGAAGUUUGGAACUGGGUACUCCUCAGCAGCGGAGUUUUUUCCAGUUGGGUUGGGGACCCAAAUUGGAAUUUUAGGGUUUGAGGUAGCUGGCGGCAUCAUGGUGUCCGAGGAAGAAGUGGUGGAAGCUGUGUCGUUUCUGCGAAGAAGGUUGUGUGCUGCGGUUUGGGAGACUGGAGUGGGUGCUGCAGGGCCACCGCUUCUUCCAGAUGUGGAGAAAAAUUGUAGGAAUCUGGAAGCUUGUCUGAUUGGAACCAUUGAGAAUGGCUCGAACAACUCUGUGUUGCUCCUCGGUCCUCGCGGCUCUGGGAAAACUUUGGUUACUGAGCGAGUGUUGGCGCAUCUUCAACGGACAUUUCCGGAGAGAGUCUCGGUGGUCCGACUUAAUGGUCUCCUACACGCUGAUGAUCGGUGUGCCUUGAAGGCAAUCGCGGAACAAUUGUGCUUAGAUCAUCAUCUUGUGUUUUCCAAAACUGCCGCGUUCGAUGAUAACCUACACUUUUUGACCAUUAUGCUCAAGGAGUCUGCAUUAUCACACAAGUCAGUCGUUUUUAUAUUGGAGGAGUUCGACCUCUUUGCUCAGCGGCCGAAGCAGAGACUUCUUUACAACCUUCUGGAUUCCAUGCAGUCGACGCUAACGCAGGCUGCUGUUGUAGGACUGAGCUGCCGCCUGGAUGCAGACGAGCUCCUGGAGAAGAGGGUGAGGUCACGAUUCUCCAAUCGCAAGCUGCUCUUCCUCCCUCCUUCUUCCGAGGAUAUCUGCCAGCUGCUUCACGAUGUGCUAAUGUUACCAACCGACGGAUCUCUUGGUGAUUCUCCUUUUAUUUCAAUGUGGAAUGAGAAUACUAAGAAAGUAUUAGAGGCAACCAUGCAAGACAUCAUCGGUCAAACUGUUGCCUUAGACCCUAGUCCUCAUCAUAUCUUCGACCUUGCGCUCCGAGCAGUUUGCAAUCUCGAUCAAGGGAGAGGACUGCUCACGGUUGCCGAUUUUAAAGCUGCCAACACGUUGCUUCACUCUCAGUUCAAGCGCGAAGCUUUACAAAAUUUAUCAGUUCUGGAGCUCUACUUGCUCGUGUGCAUGAAGCGAUUGGAGAGCAAAGAGCAGGAGGUUUGUAAUUUUACUAUCGUCUUCGAGGAAUAUCAACACCUUCAAGAAACGCACAAAACAAGUGAUCAUUACUCUCGCGAAAUUGCUCUGCGGGCUUUUGAGCAUUUGAUGGAGAGAGAACUGAUCAUUUAUGCUGACUUCAGAGGUCGCAAUGAUGCCAUUGAGUUCCGGCCUGUACAACUUUUGAUAGAUAAUCUGGAGCUCCAAGAAGGCCUUAGUCUUAACCCUCAAUGUCCAGUGAUUCUUCGCCAGUGGUUUGAGCACAUGACCUUCAAGUAAUUCUAGCGUCUAGGUUAGCAGAACAUCUUGCCUAUUAUUCUUCCGCAACACAUUUUUUGUACAGAAUUUGGGAAACAUCCCAGUUCAUUGAAGAGGUUUUACAUUGCUAUAUUUGAAUUU